UCCAUCCUGCAGCCCAUUCCCCUGCCUUCCACAUGCCCCGUACAGACGAGGCCCAGCAUUAAUGAGCCAUUGCAUACAGAUGAGCUGGCAGCCAGUCUGCGCUGCCACAGCCACACAUAAAAGCCAAGGAGGGCCUUGGGCUCUCUCCCUUUGAUGCAGGAGCUGCUGGACCCAAGUUCUGAGGAAGUUCCCUGGUCUGGGGACACGGGCAGCUCCUCUCCCAUCUCCCUUCUGCAGGCACCUGCACUGGGUAAGACACAAGGAGAAAUGUAAGAGUGCAGCUCUGGGAAUUCACCUCUCUGGCAGAAGUCCUGUGGGCCCACCCCAGCACUGAGCCCUGUCAGCAGUGGGGAUGUUCAGCUACCUCCGGGAACGCUUCACCAGCCACCUCCGGGAGCGCAGCCGGCGCCGGGCCAGGCUCGUCUCCAAGGAUGGGAGGUGCAACAUCGAGUUUGGCAACGUGGAACAAUCCAGGUUUGUCUUCCUGAUUGACAUAUGGACAACCAUCCUGGACCUCAGGUGGAGGUACAAGAUGACCAUCUUCAUCUCAGCCUUCCUGGGCAGCUGGUUCCUGUUUGGGCUGCUCUGGUACGUCGUGGCCUACAUCCACAAAGACCUGCCCGAGUUCAACCCCUCCAUCAACCACACCCCCUGCGUGGAGAACAUCAACGGCCUCACCUCAGCCUUCCUCUUCUCCCUGGAAACCCAGGUGACCAUUGGGUAUGGCUUUAGGUGUGUCACAGAGCAGUGUGCCACUGCCAUCUUUCUGCUCAUCUUCCAGUCCAUCCUGGGUGUCAUCAUCAACUCCUUCAUGUGUGGGGCCAUCCUGGCCAAGAUCUCCAGGUCCAAGAACCGGGCCAAGACCAUCACAUUCAGCAAGAACGCUGUCAUCAGCAAGCGUGGGGGGAAGCUGUGCCUCCUGAUCCGCGUGGCCAACCUCCGCAAGAGCCUGCUGAUUGGGAGCCACAUCUAUGGGAAGCUGUUGAAGACCACCAUCACCCCCGAGGGGGAGACCAUCAUCCUCGACCAGGUCAACAUCGAAUUCGUAGUGGACGCUGGCAAUGAGAAUCUCUUCUUCAUCUCACCCCUCACCAUUUACCACAUCAUAGACAAGAACAGCCCCUUCUUCCACAUGGCAGCAGAAACCCUCCUGCAGCAGGACUUUGAGCUGGUGGUGUUUUUGGAUGGCACCGUGGAGGCCACCAGUGCCACCUGCCAGGUGAGGACGUCCUACAUCCCCGAGGAGGUGCUCUGGGGGUACCGCUUCGCUCCCAUCGUGUCCAAGACCAAAGAAGGGAAAUACAGAGUGGACUUCCAGAACUUCAGCAAGACAGUGGCCGUGGAGACUCCCCACUGUGCCUUCUGUCUCUACAAUGAGAAGGAAGCCAAAGCCAAAGAGAAGAAAGGUUAUGACAAUCCUGGCUUUGUCUUGUCUGAAGUCAAUGAAACCAGCGACACAAAAAUGUAGUACCAGGUAUUCAUGGGACUGAGUUUUCAGAGAGAAUUCAGUCUUGAGAGGAUUAAUAAAUAACUCAGUAAAACAAAACAGAAACACAGGUUUGGGUUUGCUCUAACCCAACAUUUGUUUUCUCAAAAGCCUCCAAUCAAAGAGGAGCAACAUACCAGUGAUCACUAUUUAACUACACUAUAUAUAUUUCAUAGAAUUUAUAUUUUUAUAUUUAUAGGACAUUUAAUGAAGCUGCUAUGUUGGAAUGUCCAACUCACCGAAGUUUUCAGGGCCAUGCAAAGGUGUUAAAAAGCCUGAAAAGAUGGAAAGAAAUUUUAGGACGUUAAAGAUACACAGCUGCUGGAAGGACAACAUGAAAAGGCAAGACAAGGCAAAGCUAAAGAAACCUAAGGGACUUAGGAGCCAAGACCUCAAACAAAUUUCUGGUUGCCAAAGUCCUCUAUGAAAACAGACUCUCUGGCUCUGGAACUUGAGCACCUUUGAAUGCUCUGAAACAAUUCCUUCCCUCUUUCUUUGGGGCUGGUACAGUUGCAGGACAGAGCAGUAGGGGAUGGGACUAGAUUAGGAAAUAGAGAAGGCAGAGCUUGGGCCAAGCUGCUGCAUCUCCAACUCCAAAAUGUGACUUCUCCUCUCUGAAAGCCUUUGAUUCCUUUCAGGGAAAAAAAGCCUAAUGGAAAUGAAAACUGAAAAACCAAGGAGAAGCAGAGACUCACUCUGGGACAAAAGAAAUUUUGCAGUUUAUUCCCAACUGUCCCAGCCUUCAGCUGCUCCUCACUGCUCCAGGAGCUGUCUGGAUGGGGAAUAGGGAAACAUCUGAAGACAACUCUCCAGAAAGCUGGGGAGGUGGAGAACACUUGAUUCCUUCACACCUGGCAGAAAGCACUCCACUAGGAGAAGAGAGGAAAUUCCCAGCUCUGGAUGUAUCCUUCCAAAAAAUCACCAAUGCAAACAGAGAUUAUCUUCUCCUUUGAAGCACAAAGGUGUUGUUUGAACAAAAACACAGUCCAGGAGCCUCCUAUCAACCUUUGGCUUCAGAUUUGGUUCCAAACUGUUCAUCUCUUCACAGCCAAACGUGCAUCCCUACAGGAAAAAAGUCCUGCUUGGUGGGAGCUGAGUAGUGCUGAACAUUUUCUGUGGCUGAAUUUUUACAUAAAUGCAACAAGAAAAUUCAAUUCUUUUUAGUGAAUUUCUACUUCCUCACAGUCAGGUUUCUGGUUUUUUUUUCCCCCAAUUCAUUCUGUUACUGAGAGUUCUAUUGGCAGGCCAAAGAGUUUUUGGGAACUCUUCCCAGGGAUGUAACUCAGCUCAUCAAUUUUCAAUGCUGUGGUAAAAUGGAAAUAGUGUUAAAAGCUGCUGAACUAAGUGGUUUUAAAAGAAGGGGAGAAUUCAGCAAUUCAGAUGAUGACAAGAGAAAGUUGUGCUGUAAAUGAACACAAUGUGAGUAUGGAAGUCAAACUCUUGGAACCAGGAGUGCUCAGGUCCCAGUCCCAGUGUACUGGGAGCUCCUUUCUUGGGUCAGAACAAAUCACUUCACUCAUUAUCUCCAAUUUGCCAUCUGUAACAUGGGACAUAAACACUGACAUUGUACAGAGAGCAAAGUUAUGAACAAUUUUGUCACUAAAGCACUUUAAAAGACAAUUCUCAGCUGUGUCAAUCUUUCCUCAGUGCACCCUUCUCCACCUCUGGAUGGAAGGGUCAGCCAGCACACAAAGUUCUGCUCACAUUACACAUCAGCAGUGGCUGCACCAGAGCCAGACCUGUGACUAGAGAAUGAGGAGUGAGACCUUUGAGGUAACUCACAGAUACUGCCUGGUAUUUUAAUUGUGCUGGAUUGCAACCUUGCAAACCAACAAUAUAAAAAAUACAAUCCCAAUCACCACAGCACCUUAGCUCCCCUCAUAUAAUCAGCUUGGAAGGACAGUUUUGAUCCUCCAAAACAAACAUCAAGGAAUCAGUGGCCAUGUACAGAAAUCCAUCUUUCCAGAACAGUUGCUGCUUUUCCUUCCAAGGCUUUCUGUACAGUUCCCUGCAUGUAAUGUACCCAAAAAGUGAACCUGUCAGUGCUCAAGGCUUGCAAGCUACAUCUUUUACCCUGGGAGAAGAGAUGCAUGUUUAAUAGAAGCAGAAAAAGUGUCCCCACUGGACAAAAAUAGCAAGUCCAAGGGAAAUCCAUUUGAAAGGUCAAGCCCAGCUGUGCAAUGGGGAGUCAGGGAAGAUUCCUACUUUAAUUACUGGUUUGGGAUGUUAGUGCUAGUGGGAAAAAUAAAUCAAAUGCUCUGCAGUGCCUGAGAGGUGGUGCACACCCUCCAAAGCUUAGAGGGUCCCUAAACAAUGCACUUCCAGGUACUGACCUGGAAAGCCUCCUCAAAAUCCUAAACCUCAACGUUCUUCCCAAACCAGCAAUGGAACCUUCUGCCCUGUCUCUGCAGCACAAGCAUGAGGAUGUGUUGUUCCAUCUCUAGAAGUAUGAAGUGCUACCACAGCUCAAAGAGAAGAUACCUGAUCCCCUUGCAGGGGUGGUUGCCUGAUGUUCCCUCUCCUGACAGUCACAGCUGCCUCAGAACCUGCAACGCAAGGAAGCUGCACCAGGGGAGGGGUGAUGGGUUCUUUUGCUUAUUUUGGUGUUACUGGAAGGGAUCCAGGACCAGAGGAAAUUCGAGGAGAUGGAUCCAAAGCUGACAGGGCCAUGGCUGAGCUAUCAGGCUCCCUUAGAGCGGGAUCAUACUGGGAAUCCCGGAGUGAGCCUCCCGCUGGUUGUCACCCCAGGAAGCCCUGGCAGUCCCACAGCAGCAGGAGAUAGAGCCGAGGCAGAGCCCAGCAGCAGCACAACAACGAGUGGAAUUUCCUCUGGCUGUGCAGGGAGAGCUGCUUGUCACCCGGCAGAUAAAGGCCCGGCCGGGAAGGAGGUUAUCGGGGACAGGCCACUCGGGACACACUCCAGAGGAAAGCUAUUUUGGGGGCUGUCACCCCUGCUGCCAUUAAAAGAAAGUUCAGUUAAGAGGAUGAAAAUAAAUUUAAUCUUACUGAGCAGAAGUGGCUGGAGGGAAGCACAGUGCCGAUACUGGAACACAAAGGCCGGGCUCUUUACCCUGCCAGGGCCUUGUUUCUCCAGCUCUGCUCAAGCCUUGCCCGUCCCCCCUUUAGGCCUUCCCACAGCCUGGGACACACCGUGGAGCCCACAGCCUGGCCCAUCCCCUGCACAGGCCUGAGGAGAAAAUCCUGCCCCUUCACGAGAGCAAAUCAGAACAUUCCUACUGGAUUAAGGCCUAAAGGAUUUCGCUGGGAAAGCCAAGCAGCCAGGCUUGGGAAUAAUGUGUCUGCACUAAACUUAAUUUAUCUUCUCGUUUCACAAACAACAUGUUUCUUCUACUGUAUUUAUUUUAAACAUUCGUUCAAGCUGUGCAUAAUAUUUCAAUCAUUUUGAAAUAGAUUUACCCUCCUGCUGGCAAAUGAAUAAGGCAUCCUGCUGACUGCUGGAGAAAGGGCCAUGAAUUAAAAUAACUGCGUUUGGUAAACUGA